AGUAAGCAAGGUAGGUCGAGCGGGCGGAGCUUGUGUUUGAGAGAGUCGGGGGCGGCCUGAGGUGAUUUUUGUGUGUGUCGCUGCCGGCCGAGCGGUGAAGUCCGGAGCGGACAUGAGCGGCGGCGUGUACGGAGGGGGUAAGUUCUCCUCAGAGUGGGAGGGGCCGCUCCUCUUUCUCUCUCUCUCCCCCUCCCCCCCUUGGACCGUUAGGGCUGCGCGUUCUACCGACUCGCUCUCUUCCCCGCGGGGAGGGGGAGGCUGCCGCCGCCGCCGGUCCGGCAGAGCCUGAAAAGGCGCCUGUGCCUUUAAGGCGGGGCGACGGGAGGGAGAAUUUCGUCCUGCGCAGCUUCUCCCCGCACCUUGACGCGCCGAGGGGGAAAGCUUUCCUCUAUAUUUAUUUACUUUACCAAGUUUAAAAACUUUUGAAGAAACCGAACGUUAUUAUUAUUAUUAUUAUUUUAAAUCUGAAUGUAGGAAAUAUGUGAACGGUUUUUUUUUUUUUUAAAAAAAGAAACGGGCUUAGAUAGCCAUUAUGAAUCUGGGUAGGUUUGCCUGAAGGAGAAAAGCUUUUGGCAGGUCUGCCUUCAUAUUAAAAAAGGGAUUCCUGUGUUAAUAUUCAGUUCAUGAAAUUGGUUAAAAAAACAACAACCCACACCCUCAAAGCGGUUUACCAAAAAAGAGAAAAACAAUAAAAUGGUCACUUAACCAAGAAACCACUUGAUUAUUUAAUUUUUCUACCACUCACUAUAUUAUAAGUUGUGGCAACAGCAGACAGCUUAAACAAAAAUACAGAGUUGCAUAUAAGGAUGUUGCAUUUAAUACAAAGUCAUAUAUAAAUCAAUGUCAAUUCAUUUUCCUUCUGGCAUACCCCUCCUUUGCAGCUUCCAGGUUCUCUCAGCCAGAGUCCAAGCAAACUCAGCUCACCCACAACCUUUCAGAACCAUUAAAACAUGACUUCUGUUUCAGUGUAUCUGAAGAAGUGUGCAUGCACACAAAAGCUUAUACCUAAAAAUACUCAGUUGGUCUCUACGGUGCUACCUUAUAAUUUUUAAAUUCUUUUGGAAGGAUUCUUUUAAAGUCUUUCUUAGAUCAUAUAACUUUUUUGAAGACUUGAUUCUUUUAAGGGUGUUUUUAGGUUUUUAAGAAGAGUCUUUUUAACUAUCUUAUGAAAGAAUUGUUUUAAUUUAUUUUGACUACGGCAGACCAAUACGGCUACCUACUUGAAUCUAGUAUAACAGAAAGUAAAAAGCCACAGUAGAAUAGACUGAAACGAAUUAAAACUCAUACAAACUUUGUGAACACCUGGGUAGGCUCGUCUAAAUAAGAAUGUUUUCAGCAGACGCCAAGAAGAAUGCAGUGAUGGUGUCUGCCUGAUAUCAAUAAGCAGGGAGUUCCAAAGUGUUUGUGCCACCAAACUAAACAACCCAAGUUCUUACAGAUGCCGUGCGGAUACUAUGUGGCACCUAUAAAAGUGCCAGUUCUACUGACCACAGUAGUCGAGUGGCACAUAUCGUUGCAGGCCAUCUCAUAGGUAAUAGUUGUUGCCAUGUUAGAAGGAUAUAUUUAUCACAAAGGGAUCUGUAGAAAGAGCACUGUGUGCCUUUAAAAGCUUCAAGGUGGUCCUAAUCUACAAUAGCCUAUGGCACACUUUGCAGAUUAAUUCUGUGUGUAGAUUUUUGGAAGCAACCUGCUUUCCCAAUGUGAUAUUGGAAGAUUGAAACCUUUUCUAGUUGUCCCACUGUUGUUCUUCCCUUUUGAUGUCUUGAGAUUUAGCCUUUUACCAAUAAACACAUGUCUGAUAAGGGUUUGUUUUCAAAUCGACACAAAUUGUGAAUUUGUGUUUGCAGAUGAAGUUGGUGCUCUGGUGUUUGACAUCGGCUCCUAUACAGUCAGAGCUGGCUAUGCUGGGGAGGACUGCCCAAAGGUGAGAGCAGAAGUGAGACGUUAGAUUGAUCAAUAGAAUUUGGGUUUCCUAUGCAAAGAACUCCUGAAAUACUUGUAUAUAUUGUGGGAUAACUCUGUAUGCUAUAGCAAGGGACUUGAAAUCCCUUGAGCAAUAAAUGAUAGUCCAAUAAAAUAUGGUAUAUGAAGAUCAUGUACAAACGUCUGCUGGAACCUCUGGUCAGGAGAGGUUAUCAUCAGUAGCUGUUUCGUUCCCCUCUGCAUUUUAAAUAGUAGCAUUUGCAAUUUCUUGAUAUAAUGUUUCUGCAAAACACUGAGCCAUUUCUUGUCAGUACGCCUUUGAGCCGAUGCCAACGACUGGGCUCAACAACCGGUUCUGCCCCAACUGGGCUAGGCAAACUGAAGCACUUCCAAAGACCUUCCACUCCUGGAAAGCAGGUCUAAGUGCCCUGGACCCACAACUGUCCAUUGUGAGCACCAAACUCAGCAGAGUAUAAACAACACGGAAGAAAGCUGUGAAGUAUAACUUCUUUUAUUUCUAAUAGCUACUGCAAACUAAAAAACUAAAGAGCUACUGGCUUGCAUGAGUGUUACAGCUCUCACUCAGCCAUCUAAUCUCUACAUAGAUAACACACAGACUCCCCACAGAGUCAGGCAGGAGCGGAAGAAGCGAAGAGCAGUUUCCGCCCCCUCCUUUCUGAAAACAUCAUAUCAGGAGAUUUUCGCAAUGGGAGGGGGUGAAAAUAUCGACAUUUCUCUCCCCUAACACACUUACUACCUAUCAUCUUUCUUUUACCUGCGCUGCAAUUUUCACCUAAGUAGUUUUUGCCUUUUCCUCUCCUUUGAAUAAGUAGUCUUCAUUUGACGUGGCUCCCUAGAAAUUCUUCCACCGAUUACUUCAUGUUUUGGCCGUAUGUUUAGGGGAAUAUAUUGACGAAGGUCAGAGUUUUUUUUAAAUAAGAGGUUGUCCUGGUUUGAGGGGAAUGUUAUAGUGAGAUGGCCUGGGCCAGAGGGAUGGAUAAAUGUGGGAGUCCCAUGUUUAAAUCUCUGCUUGGUUGUGAAUCUCAGUGACGUGUUUUGGCCAUGUCACCUUCUCAACUAGAUUUGCUAGUUCUUGUAGUAAAAUAUUCUGGGAUUUGGGCAAGUGCAAGACAGAGCCUUAUAAGCAGUUCAACUAUAAAUGCAGUUCCAGAGAUUUCCCCCCACUCCACGUGUAGUGUGAAAUCUUUCUUGAAAAGUGUUUAAAUAAUGUGCACAUUAUAUAAGUGAGCCAGAUUAUGGAAAGCCUGAUGUAUCAGAGAGUGUAGCUAUAUUUUCAUUUUUGCCUCGGUGCCUCGGUGAAAGCGAAUCCUUUCACGCCCCAUACAGAAUAGAGGCAUGGCAUGCCUAACAUGCUGUAGGAAUUUGAGGCAGUAGUGAUAACUUUCUUUCUCUUCCCCAUUAGUUAGGCUUGAUGCAAACAGACAAUCUUUAUGUAACUUGGUGCAUUUUGUUUCCAAAUCUCCCAUUGUAGGUUGAUUUUCCCACUGCAAUUGGCGUGGUACUGGACCGGGAUGAUGGGAGCUCCAUGAUGGAAAUUGAUGGUGACAAAAGCAAACAAGGAGGCCCAACUUACUACAUAGACACUAAUGCAUUGCGAGUUCCAAGGGAGAACAUGGAAGCCAUUUUACCUUUGAAAAAUGGAAUGAGUAUGGUGCUUUGCAUUUUCCUUUCCUUUUUUCUUAAAUCUUGAGUAUUGAUUUCAGACACAUCAUUAAGCAUUAACCUUUUUACUCACAAAAUGGCAUUGUCCUGCUUUGUGAGAAUGUUUGAUCUGGAGUUGAAAAGAAGUUUAUUCUGGUGGUUUUUGGGCCAAGUGUUUAAAGUUUUCUAGAUCUACUCAAAAGCUGUGGAUAUUCCCUUUAACUUAUGUUGACCUGUUUUGAAAUAGGUUUUCCUGUUUAGUUUGUAAAGCUGGUUAUGGGAAGAAUAUAACUGCUUAAAUGGCAGUGUGUUUUGAAAAACAUGCCCCUGUCCUGUCAAGGUUUAUCUAUGCUCCCUUUUCUUCAAAUAUUCUACUUAUUUGGAAAGACAGUCGCCAAGUGUGCUUGAUUAGGACAUUCUCCAAAUAACCAUGUUCAAAAAGGCACCAAUGGGACACUGAAGGUAGAACAUCUGGAGAGUUGGAGAUCCUUCCUUGAUCCAUGGCAUUUUUAAAAAAAAUAUGGAUGUAUUGCUUAAUCAUGUAUAAUGCAAACAUUGUUUGCAAACCCUCUUCAUAUUAGUUUCACAUCCAGCCAGCUGUCUGGUUUGCACAUAACACUAAACCAAGCCAUGGUUCCCUGUAAGGAAUACAAACCAUCGCUAAGUCUUGUGUCUGCAGAGGACCAGUAUUGCUUUGAAAGUGAACUGUUGUCAAUUAGCAAGGAGAUUGUCUUGUACAUUUUUAAAUAAUCUGAUUGUACAGUUGCCUUCAUAGGGUUAUUCCUGCACCAGUGCUUACAGUGAAGUAUAGUUAGAAUCCUUUAAUCUCUUAGGGCUGUGAGAUUGGCUUGAAUGCUGUGUACUUUGAUUCUUUAGAUACAGGAUUUCACUGGUGCAAGGAUGGAAGCGUGACUAGGAUCCCUCAUUCUCCUUCCUGACUCCUAUACUGUCCACAUGCUCAGCCUUGCACUGAUAAUGUGCUUCACGUUGCAUACAUGCCUAAGCUAGAGCAGCUCCUCCAGCAAAAGCAGCAGAUUUAAUUUAUUUUUAUGUUGUUACAGUUGAGGACUGGGACAGCUUCCAAGCCAUUUUGGAUCACACCUACAAGAUGCACAUUAAAUCUGAAGCUGCUUUGCAUCCCGUUCUAAUGUCUGAAGCGCCAGUGAGUAAAAGCCCAGUUUCUUUCCUUGAAAUAGCCCAUCAAAUUUUGAAGCAUAGAAGGCAGUUUGACUGUUGUGAAGCUUGCAAACUUGGGGGUGGAAGGGGGAAGAGCAGAUAACUAAAAAACCAGGACUUGGUAAAAGAACCUAUCAAGAUGAACUGUAAUAUCUGUGACUAGAUUGCCUGUAUGGACAUGCUAGAAAUGGUUAUGAGCACUGCCAGAGAAGAAAUGUCAGCACUGAGGAAGUUGUGGGCAUGGAAAGGGGAGUAGCAGAAAGGGAUGAUCUAUCUACCCACCCCAAACACCAAAGCAAGUAGUCUGCAUCCCCAAGUGGAGAGGUUUGGAGCCUGAUUUCUCACAACUUUUUGGAUUAUCCCUGUAAACCUAAAUGUGCAGGGGGAAAACAUCAAGACAGGGGUUAUUUAAGGGUUAUGUCAUGUGGAUUAUUCAAAUUAAAUGCGGACACAGACAGCUGCGAGCACAAAGUAAACUCAGUGUAGACAAGCCCUUCCUGUCUCAAGUGAUUUCUUCCUGUUGCCUUCCUACUCUUAGCUUGUUUCUUCCCUUUUAACUAUGGUUUGAAAAGCCACUGUAAACUAUAGUUUUAGCUUGUGAUUUAUGGCUCAGAUGCUAUAUUGAUGCACAUAUAAUAUGAGACGUGGUCUACUCUGGGAAGGAAGUCACUUGAGAGAAAAUGCAGAGAUAGCAUCAGGUUCCAAUUUCAAGCCAUAGUUUGCAGGAAGCUGAUAUUUUGUCUGCAUUAGGCUCAAGUGAUGCUUCUGCAUGAACCUGCCCACUGAUUUGUACAUAGGGAAGUAACUCACUUUCCUGCCUGACAUAUUAUUGCACUGUGAACAUUUAAACAUCCUGUUCUGAGUGUGACAUAUUUCUGCUCAAGUUAUAGGUGAAUUUGUUUUUUUAUCUUUGUACUCUUGUAGUGGAACACCAGAGCCAAGCGUGAGAAAUUGACAGAGCUGAUGUUUGAACAUUACAAUAUCCCUGCUUUCUUCUUGUGCAAAACUGCAGUUCUCACAGCGUAUCCCAAACAUGUUAAUGAAUAAGUGGACAUCAUUCGAGCUUUUUGCACUUUUAUAGAAAAAAACAAACAUAACAUAUUUUUCUGUGUAUAAGACUAGGUUCCCCCCCUAAAAAGUAAUGUCCAAAAUUUGGGGGUGUCUUAUACACAGGGGCCAUCCUCCCCCAUUUUCUUAAAUUGGAUUCCCCAAAAAUAUACAUGGGGGUGUCUUACACAUGGGGGUGUCUUAUAGACGGAAAAAUAUGGUACUGUUUUUAACAUUUAAACCAAGGUGUUGUCACUGUGCUAGUCUCAAAGAUGGGUUGGUUAUAUUUAUUGGGUUGUAACCAAAGUUAUCUCUCGGCUGAUAUUAAGGCUUCUGUCAGCUGGAAGGGAAGCGAUUUCCAGUGAUUACCUCAAUCCUCUGGAGUAUAUUGGGAGGAGGGGGGAUAUUAAAAGACCCUUCCCUCUCUGUUCUGCUGUUGAAAGACAUACAAUCAGCUGAGCAACCCCGUUGGAUUUCAGCCUUGCCAAAUUCAUUCUCCAGACAGAAAUAAAAGACCCUAAGGUCUGAAUUAACUUUGUAUAUACUAAGCUGCUUAGUAUUGCUUAUUGAAAUUAUUUUUACCCUGCUUCUCAGUGAAAAGGUUCCUAUAAUAAGCAUGCUUUUAAAGCUUUUAUUUUGCCUGGAGAAAGCCUUCUUGAAUGGCAGGGUAUGGUAUGGUAGGGUGUAAACUAUGGUAUCAUCUCAUCAGAUGUCAAAGCGAUAAACAACUACCUGACAUUCAGAAGACAUCUUAAGGCAGCCCUGUUCAGGGAAGUUUUUAAUGUGUGACAUUUUGGUGUAUUUUUGGUCUCUGUGGAAGCCGCCCAGAGUGUCUGGGGAAACCCAGCCAGAUGGGUGGGGUACAAAUAAAUUAUUAUUAUUAUUAUUAUUAUUAUUAUUAUUAUUAUUAUUAUGUGUGUAUGUAUGUAUGAAUGAAUAAAACUCAACAGGAGGAAUAAAUUGCCCAUUCAGAUGGUGUAAGAAUUAAAUGAUAUAAUCCUUUCAGGAACUGGAGAUUGGUGUUUGAGUUUCAAGCAAUAAUGCAGCUCAAUCCUAUGCAUAUUUCUUUAGAAGCAGGUCCCCCCACUGAGUUCGGUAGAGCUUACACCCCAGCAAGUAUGGAUAGAAUUGCAACCAUAGUGUAGGUAUAUAUUUUUCUUAGCUGCCUUCCCCAAAAGCUGCAUGUAAUUUUGACAAGAAAGGAAGUGCCCUAUCAGGUCCAAGAGCAAAAUGAACUGCAGUGCCAUUUGUGUUUAUGUUGUGCCCAAAUCCCAUUGUCUUCCUUAACCCUUCCAACUAGCUUUGCUAAUGGCAGAUCCACAGGCUUGAUCCUGGAUAGUGGAGCAACCCACACCACUGCCAUCCCAGUGCAUGAUGGAUACGUGCUCCAGCAAGGUAAGCAUUCUUCCAGAGGAGUUGGUAGAAAUCUUGGCUGCCCCGUUAAUAAGUGAGGUUCAGGACAAACAGACGAGAGGAUUCCUUUGCCCAACACAGGAUUAAAUCCCUUGAGGAAUUUCCCCCAUAAAGAUGUAGUGAUGGGUUACCGGCUUAGAUAGAUCUAUCCUUCAUGAGCUUAUUUUUAAGGUAUCAAUAUAAGCCAAAAUUCAACCUUCAUAUUCAGAAUUGGUAUACUCUUGAGUACCAGACGCUAAUGGAACAAGGCCAGAAAAGGGUCAUCUUUUUCAUGUUUUGUUUGUGUGCUUUUGCAGGGGCAUCUAAGUGCCUCUGCUAAAGAAAGAGUGCUGGACUAGAGGCCACAGUCCACUCUUUUUUAAAAAACCCUCCCUCCUGUUAUUGUCAUAAGACCAAUGUCUUCAAACUUUACAAAACAGAGAUACCUUACGCUUUAAUGUAACAUCUUUCAUUUGCAUUUUGUAUUUCAUCCCUUGGCUGAGUCCGAGUGCAUCUGCUCUGUGAAGUCGCUUACCAUCUUUAUUCUGCAGCCUGAUCGCUCUUGAAGGGGAAGGGGGUGGUUUGUGUAGCAGAAUUUUCUUCCAGUCUGCUAUUGGACUGGAGAACAACGGUCCCUGAGAACGCAGAAGUCAGUUGGCCUGCUACUAAGGAAAUAGCUCUGUUUAUUUGGGGUGGGGGUGACUUCCUGCAUGCAAAAUGUGAUAUUGGAAGAUUGAAACCUUUUCUAGGUGUCCCACUUUGUGUUCUGUAUUUGCAGGCAUUGUGAAAUCACCUCUGGCUGGGGAUUUCAUUACGAUGCAGUGCAGAGAACUGUUUCAGGAAAUGAACGUGGAGAUAAUUCCUCCAUAUAUGAUCGCAUCAAAGGUAAUAGAUUAUACUGGAAAGAAUGAAAGGGCUUGUUUGCUUUGUGUGUAUGUUGGCUGCUUUUGUGAGCCUCUCCUCCAGUCCAGGCAGUAUUUCUCAAGUGUUUUGAAAUUGGGAGCACCUCUUGAACUUCUGCCUUGUAGGGCCCCAACAACAGUUUGCAUGCGUGUUCAUCUCUCAUUUAUACAGGGCCUUCAGAUCAUUUGGCUGAGAAAUGUUCAGUGAGGAAUGCUCAAGUGCGUGUGAGCCACCCCUUAGAUUUUAGGGCUGGAAUGACUUCCUAGAGAGCUGGGUAUAAUAUGUCCACCACUUGGUUCUGAUGGUGCUAGGUGGACAAUUGGUCUGACUUUUGGUAAGGCAGCUGUGAAGGAAUCACCCAACAAACCUGCAAGACAGGCUGCUGAACCACGCUCCUUUAUCCUUUACAACUGUCACCAAAAGUUGCAAGGAGAGGCACUGCCAGCUGAGUGAGCUCCAGACAGUUCCCCCUUGUCUCUCUCAGAUCAAGGCCCGUAGCAUAAAAUCAAACAAUCUGGCAUAUGGAAUAAUAUCCCUUGCGUAAUCAGUAGGAAGCCAAAAGCCUGAAUCCAAUUUAGAAACUUGUAUGGUAAAAUUGAAGAAAGUCUUGUGGGUCCCAUUGGAAAUGAAAUCGACAAGGGUUCUCUAGAUACUCAAGAUGAGACAACUUAGAGAGAAUCAACAGAACAAAGGUUCAACCAGACACUGUACUUAAACACCUUUCACAACAAAUUGUACCCCCUUUUAUUUCCCUAGAGUAACAGAGAGGGAAGGAAGGAAAGAUAGACAGGAGAAGGGAAAUUUCUCUAAUCAGGAGGGCCGAAAGGGUGUUGGAAGUAAAUAUCAGGUAGCACCUAAGGACAGGGCUGAUUAGUGCUUGCCAAAACGGGAAGGUGAGAAUUGGAGGGACAGCUCCCUUCUUGACUGGUUGAAAAAACUCAUGAAACCAAGGCUCAUCCUGUGGAUUUGAGGAAAGACAACAAAGAAGUUGGAAUACAGGCCCUGUAUUCUUGGCCUUUGUUAAAUAAUGUAUUGGAAUGUGGACACUUUGAACUGACCCUGAUUUGCUAUUGCAGGAAGCAGUUCGUGAGGGCUCUCCAGCAAACUGGAAGCGAAAAGAGAAAUUGCCACAAGUCACAAGAACGUGGCACAAUUACAUGUGCAAUGUGAGUAUGUUCUUCCAGGUCUACAAAGAAAAUAAUUUGGGAAGUAUGCCUUGCGCUAGAUAGGAUUCCUCUGCUAGAGGUAACUUGGGAUGCGGGAUCUGUGGCCCUCCAGGUCUUCUCAAGACUUCUACCUUUCAUCAGCUGCAGCCAGCUGGCCAGUGGUUGGUGAUGAUGGGAGUUGUCAAACAAAAUAUUGGGGCUGGGUGGGUAGGGGAGCAUAGGGUCCCUACCCUGCCCUAAAUAAACUCAGAUAUAACUAGCACUCGUGAAUGUGUUAGGUUUGCAUAAUCAGGAACAGUGCUUAAAAAAAUAUGGGGAAUGGCAGAAAAACCUGAGAGCCUGUUCUUGCAGUGGCCGACCAGAUGCCUGUGGGAAACCCAAGCACAAGAGCACUCUCUCCUCUGGCGGUUUCCAGCAAUAGGUUUUCAGAAGCAUACCAUGUAGACAGAGCAUAGCCAGCAUGACUAGUAGCCAUUGAUGGCUUUAUCCUCCAUGAACCUGUCUACUUUUAAAGCAAUCCAUGUUGGUGAUCUUCACUGCCUCUGGUGGGAAUGAGUUCCGUAGUCUAAUAAUGCACUGCAUGAAGAAGUGCUUUCUUUUAUCUGUUCUGAAUUUUAUCUUCCAAAAUUCAGCUUCAUUAGAUGUUCCCAAGUUUUAGUGUUACAAGAGAGGGAGAAAAAACUUUUCUCUAGCCACUUCCCCAUGCCAUAAUUUUAUAAACUUCUAUUGUGUCGACACUCCUCUUUUCUCUAAACUAAAAAGUCCGGAAUGUUGUAACCUUUCUUCUUUGGGGAGUUGCUCCACCCUCUUGAUCAUUUGGGUUGUCCUUUUCUGAACCUUUUCCAACCCAACAAUAUAUUUUUUGAGGUCAGGCAACUGGAACUGUACGUAGUAUGCAGGUCACUGGGAGAGAAAAGAUGAAAGCAGUAAUAUAAUAAAGCCUAUGUAUGAUGGUGUGAUGGAAUCUCUUGUUUUAGGUCAUUAUUGUUCUAAAUUAAAAAUGUCUGUCAUCCUGGAGUUCCCACAUAUAGCAACGUGGAAACUUGAGAAUUUCAGGUAUCACAGCUUGAUUACUGUGAAGGUUUAUUCCAGGGGCAGGUAGCCUUCAUUUCUUAGGUCUGCUUUAGUAUACCUUACAGGUUCUGCUAAGAAUAGCCUUAAUUUUGAAGAUGGAAGUACUGUUGUGGGGGCAGGAAGAGAAACCUCUAUGGCAUUUUAUUUGUAGCUAAUGCAGACAUUUCCCUUCUAAGAUUUGUCCUUCUGGAACUCUGAACCAGGUUUCACAGAUUCUUCUGGGGACUCUCCACUCUCCAUGGGUCAUCUACUUCAACUCAUUGAGAUAUUACAGAUAUAUGUCAAUGUUUCUGUCUGCCUAGGAUUCUCUUGUAUGGUCCGCAGUUCCUCCUUUCUUUGAUAUUCUUGUGUUUGGAACGUGGAACCUCAUCCUUGUUUCUUUGCAAUACUUUCUCCUCCACAGUGUGUGAUUCAGGACUUCCAGGCUUCUGUCCUCCAAGUGUCUGAUUCAACGUAUGAUGAACAGUAUGUUCUUUUAAAAUUAUUUUCAACUUUUUAUUUUUAACUUAAAUAACUGGGUGAUUUCCAACCUGAGCCUGUGAACAUCAUACUAAAUUAUUGUUUAGCGUUACAAGAAUGAGCCUCUCCUCUUGCUGGGCUUGCACUUUUUCCUACAAGCCACCCCAGCAGGGUGUAAGGAAGAAUUUGGAAGCUUUUGGUUCUGUCUUUGAUUAACCGCAACUUGACAUGUUGUCAACACUGGACAAACUGUGGUUAAUCUUAACUCUGGCUAUGAAAACAAACCAAUUUCAAACCAUAGGGUGAUACUCAACUAAGUUUUUCUCAGAGUAGACGCAUUGAAAUUAAUAGUCAUGGCUAAGUCAGGUUCAUGAAUUUCAGUAGGUCUACUCGUGAGUGAAACUUAGUUGAGUGCCACCCAUGGUUUAUGAAGCUGACUUGUUUUCACUAACCAUAGCUGAGGAUAACAACAAUUUAGGGCAGGUAAAAGCUGCUUAAAGACAACCAGCAAGCAAGCAUUUUCUUAAAAAGACAGAAGUACUUUUUCAACCUCAUGCAGAGCUGUUCAAACUUGGCAUCAAGAAUGGGGGACGUUGUUCGCAUUGACAGCUCUGCCAGUGUCCCCUUAGAGUGGUGGACUAGAACCUGAGAGAUCAGGGUCUGAAAUCCUCACUCAGCCAUGAAACACUCUGGGUGACCUUGAGCUAGUUGCUGCCUCUCAGCCAAAUCUACUGCAAAGGGUUGUUGUGCAGAUGAAAUGGGGAGGAGAACCAUGUACACCACCUUGAGAUCCUUGGCAGAAAAGGUGGUAUAUAAAUGUCAUAAACAAACAUAAUGUAAGAAUAACCUGUCGGAUCAGGCUAAUGGUCUAGUCAAGCACCCUGUUCUCAUAGUGGCCCACCGGAUGCUUGUGGGAAACCCAACAAUAAACAUCCAUAAAAAUGGCAAAAGUGGUUUAUUUCCCAAAUAGGUUUUUAUCUUAAACAAUUACAAGCACCAUAAAUAAAGAGUUCACUUGUAAUAUGUCAGUGGUUCAGUGUUCAUUUCUUCUCUUUCCAAAAUAGAUUUUAUCUUAAACAAUUGCAAGCGCAGUAAAUAAAAAGUCCACUUGUGAUAUACCAGUGGUUUAGAUUUCGGACGUUUUGUUGCUAAAUAGGUGUAAGGGGUGCAAGCUAGCCAGCCAGGCCAACCCCUCCUUCCCAGUGUUCCAGUUUUAAUAGCUAGUGAAACUGUUGGGCAGAGUCUCUUAGUGGUGAAGGGAUGAGACUGUGAAAAGAACUUGUAGAGCAAGGAAGAAAAAGAAAAACAAGGGCAACAUGGAAAUCUUGGGAGAGGGGAAGGGAAUUGUUUGGAUAUGGGAUGGGGACAUUGCUCUAAUCCAGGGGUGUCAAACUCAAAUUCAUCGGGGGCCGCGGCGCCGCUAGUGGGCAGACGUUCUCUGGUUUGUAGGCUGCCACGCAUGCGCUGAAGAAGCGGCUUUCUUGUGUCAAAAAAAAAAAAGCGAGAAUAAAAGGUGAAGGCUGGCAGCCGGCGGCGGCUACACGGGCCACAUAACAAGGUCUGGCGGGCCGGAUUCGGCCCGCGGACCUUGUGUUUGACACCCGUGCUCUAAUCCCUUCCAUGCCACAAAGAUCUCUGGGUGGCUUUUAUCAGUUCCCUGUUUCCUGCGAUUGUUGCAAGAAAAAUUUGGUAAGAAAUGCAAUUUGCUGUGUUGUGCAUGAGAAGUGGGAAAGGAAAACCUGGCAACGGUUGAAUACCUUCUAAAAACGAGUUGUUUCUGCCCUUUAGGGUGGCUGCACAGAUGCCCACGGUACAUUACGAAUUCCCCAAUGGUUACAACUGUGACUUUGGUGCUGAGCGGCUAAAAAUUCCUGAAGGCUUGUUUGACCCUUCCAAUGUAAAGGUAAAACUAAGUAGGACAGUAUGUGAGAUUGCAUUUUGUGUGCAAGCAUCUAGCUAACGUUAUGGAAGUAUAUAGGAGUCCGUAAAGUUAAAUGUCCUGAAAUCUUUUUAACUGUUUUAAAUGAUUUGGGGAAGAUAAGAAAUAGCAGGGUAUUUGGAGCUUCAGAUGAACCAGAAUGUGUCUUGCAUUACAUUUCUCAUCGCAUUACAUCAGGGGUGGGGGACUUCUGGUCUCUGGGCCACAUUGUUUCUGGCAGGGAUCCUAAUUUGACCCAUGAGGCCAUUUCCUCCAAGUCCCGUCCAUCUGCCUCGCCUCUGAAAUUGCAGGUGACUUCAGGUGCGAGGCAGGUGAAGGCAUGGCUGCCAUCACUUUGAAAUUGUAUUGAAACAAAUUGCAAAUGGAUGCCAUUUUCAGCUUGUCACCUGAUUCCAUAAUAGUGCCAGGUCAUCAACAGGUGAUUGGGGGAGGUGGGAUGGGGGCAGGAAGGAUCUGGUCUGCCAGCUGGAUCCAGUUCCCCAUCCUUGCAUUAUAUGAGUACAGACCAUGAAGCAUCCUCUCCUACAAGUGGUAUAUUUCCCCCCAUAUCCUCAACCUGAACUGGUUGGCCACCAAGCUAGCACAGCUCACCAGCCAUGUAUUGCAGCCCAUUGGGAGGUUGAUAAACCUCUGUUGUUUUGCUUUCUGCCUGGAUUGCAAAUACAGUAUAUGGUCGGCUGGGUUGGUUUGAUGGGUCAUAUAUUGUGCUUCUCUGAUGAAGACUUUCUCUUUCCCAGAAAUACCCACAUGCAAGACUAUUAUGACUUGCCCUCUGAUAAAAUCCAUUGUUAGCAGACUGGGACUUACCUGUUGAAAGGAAAGAUCCACUCUUGCCUUAUAUUUGAACAAGUUUAGUAGCAGUUCUAAACUGGAUAAUAAGUUGGGAAGAAAGAUUUUAUUUUUAUUAUAACAAUUUCAGUGAAUGGGCAGUAAGGUACAUGCUAACGGUAUUUGGGCCUCCCCAACAGCAUUUUCAGAUUUUGCCACAGUUUGUUCUCCCCACUGCUUGUGCAAGGGAUUUCAUGGGCUUUGUGCUAUUUUUUUUAAAAAUGGGCAAACUCUCACACACUGAGAAGAUAUGGCUAGGCGAGGAUUCCCAAGAGCUACAGCCCCCUCCUCAACCAAUGUACCUCCUGUCUAAAAGGUAAAGGGACCCCUGACCAUUAGGUCCAGUCGUGACCGACUCUGGGGUUGCGGCGCUCAUCUCGCUUUACUGGCCGACGGAGCGGGCAUACAGCUUCCAGGUCAUGUGGCCAGCAUGACUAAGCCGCUUCUGGCGAACCAGAGCAGCGCACGGAAACGCCGUUUACCUUCCCGCUGGAGCGGUACCUAUUUAUCUACUUGCACUUUGACAUGCUUUCAAACUGCUAGGUUGGCAGGAGUAGGGACCGAGCAAUGGGAGCUCACCCCGUCACAGGGCUUCGAACCGCCGACCUUCUGAUCGGCAAGUCCUAGGCCCUGUGGUUUAACCUACAGCACCACCCGCGUCACCUCCUGUCUAUGGGGCUGGAAAAAACGAAUACAGGGCAUAUUCUAUCACACUGUUAUCAAUUUGAGUCUACUAUAAUAGCAUUAACUUGCCAUUUUCUUUCUUCCCUCUCCAGGGUUUAUCUGGCAACACAAUGCUUGGCGUGAGCCAUGUGGUCACUACAAGUGUCGGGAUGUGUGAUAUCGACAUCAGGCCAGUAGGUAUUAGUUAGGCAUGGUGGUUUAAUAGAAAAUAGACCAGGGAGUGAUUCCCUUUCCUUAGCUAAAAUUCAAAGUGCCCUGAAUAGUGAUCUGCUCCACACAAUGCUGUUAAAAGCCUGCUUGCAUUCUUCAAGGGAGAGCUGGUGUAAUGUCUUGCCUUGGCAACAAACUUGCUUUGUCACCUUAGGGAAGCUACUGCUCUUUCAAUCUCAGCCCUUCCCAUCUGCAAGGCAGUGGUGGUCACACUGACUUAGUGUAAGAUAAUGUUGACGUUCUUUGCAUAUCCUCUAACAUACUGCAUAAAUGUUAGCUGGUGUGUGUUGAUAAUACAUUAGGAACGUAGAAAUUUGCCUUAUACCAUGUCAGGCUAUUUGUCCAGGUGGCCCAAGCUUGUUUAUCAUCUGACCAGAAAGAUAACCAGAACCGUUUAAAGGGAAGGUACCAGGGCUUGGACCCAGGUUCUGCUGUGUGCAAGACAUAUGCUCUAACCACUGAGCCAAAGUCUGUGUUUCUAGUAGUUUUGAAAUGAUUUACCCUACCUUUCCACCCAUGCAACCCCAGCAAUCAGUUACUACAUUUAAAUGGACCUGAAAAUGAACAAAAUCCCAAUCGACAACAUUCAAAAAGAGAAGCAGCAGACCCAGGCAGAUGGUUAGUUACCACCCUGGCAUUCUGACCUGACAUCUAAAGGCAAUGACUAAUGGGCAGACUACUCUGCCCUGUGGGUGCCACUACUGAAAGGCCCUGCCCCAGGCCAUAACUCUUGCCAGCUGGUAGGAUAGGGAGCAGGGCUUCUGAUGAUCUAAACGUGUGUGUAGGUUCAUGGGCAAUGAGGUGGCCCUCCUAUGUCUCAGGUGGUCAGCCUGAUCCUGUUCUCUUGAGGAUUGCAGCCCUGUAUAUUGCAACUCACUCCCAUUGCAACAGAUAAGAUACGCUUUUGAGUAAGAGCGCCUAAGACCACAAUGUAAAAUGUGAAGGUAGGAUUCCCUGUAGUGCUGUUUUCCAUGAAAUGGCAGAAACUAAACUGGGCUGGGGUUGCCAUCCUCAUGGUCCAACAGCUUGAUUCCCUGCAUACCCACAUUCUGUAUUGUUGCUUUGUCCCCCAGUCAUCUUCACCACCUCUGUCAGCAGCUUGCCCAGAAGAAUGAGCAAAUGUAGAAAGUCCAUGAACGUUGUCCAUGCUAGAUUCAUUUCUCAGGCUUCUGGUGAAUUAGGUAUUCCCAUCUGCCAAACUGUGGGUUUUAGUAUGGAAUUAUCUAGACUUCCCAUGUAGCUUUGAAGAAUUUACCUAGUGGGAAAGUUCAUUUCUUGUGUCUUCUGCACUGGAACCACUCACAGGUCUUAAGCAUGCUAGUUAUUUUUUCUUACACUGUUUUAUCAGCAGAGUGAAGUUGUGACUUGUUUCUUUCAGUAUAUAUAUCUGUGUUGUGAAGGGCAACAGAGGCAAAAAUACCAUUAUAAUGAGUCCUGCCUUUGUUCUCCAGGGUCUCUAUGGGAGUGUGAUUGUAGCAGGAGGGAACACCCUACUACAGAGCUUUACAGACAGACUAAAUCGAGAACUGUCUCAGAAAACACCUCCGGUGAGUGGCUACCAAACAGCCAACAUUUUCCUUGUACUUCUUAAAUGUGUGCAGGUAUUUGGCUAUUGGAGCAGUGCUCCUGCCAAACACGAGACCAGUGAACUGCAACCAGUUCAAAGAGAAAGAUAAUGCUUCUAGGCAUAUACACGCCUGUAGCUUGGGCAUUCCUCAGAUACCCCUUUGGAUCUAGGCCAAUUUAAAAUGACAAUAAAUAUUUUUUUCUCUUUUGAUUUCAGAGCAUGCGACUGAAGUUGAUAGCGAACAAUACAACAGUAGAGCGAAGGUUUAGUUCCUGGAUUGGUGGCUCCAUUUUGGCUUCUUUGGUUAGUAGAUGGAUUAAGCUUGAUUGGUGGGGAAGCAGCGCUGCUCAAAAAGGUUACCCAAGAAGAUUUGGGUGAGACUUAACGCCAAUGGGGAGAGUUUGCUAAUAGGGAGAAAUCUGAUGGAUGUGUGUGUGUGUGUGUGUGUGUGUGUGAACAGUAAAGCAAUUUCCCCAUUGGAAACUACUAUAGGCAUGAUUAUUAUUUCAAAACGCCUUCUUGAGGAACAAGAUCAGACCUGAACUACCUUGUUUCUCCUUGCUUGCCGUCUUUAGAGCAGUGAUAACCAAUGUGGUUCCCUGUGGAUAUUGUGGGACUCCAGCUGGCCACUUGGACACCUAGGAAUUCAACAAGUCCAACAUGAAAACAAUAGCUCUUUUCAGCUUCCUGUCAUUAUGGUUUCUGUUUCAUACUCUGCACUGUCCUUUCGAAGAAAAGGCUACCAUCUUUGGUUUUGUCUCUUGCAGGGGACCUUCCAGCAGAUGUGGAUCUCCAAGCAAGAAUAUGAAGAAGGAGGGAAGCAAUGUGUAGAAAGAAAAUGCCCAUAAAAACCUGGUUUUUUUAUUAUAAAAAAAGACAGCUGCCUUUCCCAGCGCUUCUAAUAUUGGAUAGCUUUAGCAUACUCAGGAAUCCAAAGUUUUGUGUCUCUUUUGUAGGAAAUGUAUACUUUUUUGUGCAUUCUGCAAUCUCCCAUUUUUAACAAACCAUAGGUAUUUUAAAAGGCCAACAUCAUUCUGUCACAGCAGAUGGAUGCCCACAUCCUUUGUAAAUGCAAUAACUCUUAUACAAACUCUUUUUAUAAUUUUUGUAUAGAUAUAUAUUUUCUGCAAAAUUCCCGUCCCCCCACUGGAAACGAAGCUAUAAACUGUGGAUGUAAUCUCCUGCCUUUCUGAGAAAUGUGUCUACUUUCAGACUAGUCUUCCUUGUUACGUUGGCCUUAAUAAAUUCCUCUAGUUUGUCUUAGA